AUAAGACCCGAUGACGAGUAAAACUACACAAUUCUAGUCCCCUACAAGGUGAAUCUCAACACAAAUUCCCACUUGUGGCCCAGUCAGCGCGGCAGCCAGCCCGCGGUGCGAGAGCCGAGCCAUGAGGCGCAAAACAAGUGCGCACAAAGCCUCGUCAAAUAGGCCCAACUCCGCGCAAUCACAGCAAACAACGAAUCAACCCUUCGAAAGAGUUGGGGCGGACGAUAAACACCAAGUUUUUGACCGGCCCCCAGCGCUCGUUAUAUGACUGGUCUGAACUAUCUGUGUCCUCUUGACAGUCCCCCAAGCCAUUUCCAUCUCAGGUCAGGAACAGCAGCAUGUUCAACACUGACGUGAUUGUCCAAUCUGCUGCCAUGCAGAUUACACUGUAGAAGAUGGAUCCAAGUAUGGAUACGGCAACAAGGACACAAGAUGAGGACGCAAUUGGUCCCGUGCCCGACCCCGAGUUGGGCCUUCCAGUUGGGGAGAACAGCAGUCGAGUCCAUGCAGAGGACGCAGCUGCUGCUUCUCCAAAGCCAGCGGGCGGCCUUGGCAGGAGAAAGUCGAAGGGGAAGGGGAAGGCGUCAGCUAGCACAACUGCUGCUGCGGCGAAAAGCAAGAAGGAGGCUAAGAAAGCGGCCCUGCGAAACGACAUUGACUUCAUUGAGCACACAUGGCCUGAAGAUCAGCUGUACACUCAUUACGGAACCAGCCCUGAGAAGGGCCUGCCAUCAGCGCAAGUGCUAGUAAACCGGGAGAAGUACGGCAGGAACAUGCUGACGCCCCCCAAGACGAAGCCCGCGUGGGUCAAGUACUUGGAGCAGUACAAAAACUUCUUCGCCGUCCUGCUGAUUGUGGCAUCCACCCUGUGCUUCAUCGCCUUCGGGGUCGACUCCAGCCAUGACAAGACCAAUCUGUAUCUUGGCAUCGUCCUUCUCCUAGUGGUGGUCAUCACAGCCAGCUUCUCGUACCUACAAGAGUCAAAGUCGGAGGCUGUCAUGGAAGGCUUCAAGAAGCUCAUCCCCGCUCGCUGCCACGUCAUCCGCGAUGGUCUCGAGGUUGUGAUCGACGCUGUGGAGCUGGUACCUGGAGACGUAGUGAAUCUCAAUGACGGAGAUCGGGUGCCAGCUGACAUUCGCAUUAUCAGGGCCAAUGAGCUCAAGGUGGACAACUCCUCCCUCACCGGAGAGUCCGAGGCGGUGGAGCGCACCCCCGAGCUGGCGCGCGACCGCUCGGGGAACCUCAUCACGCAGCCCCUGGAGGCCUCCAACCUGUGCUUCUACACCACGAUCGUGCAAUCCGGGUCCGGUCGGGGGAUCGUCAUCGGGUCGGGGGACCGCACCGUAAUGGGCCAAAUCGCCGGGCUUGCGACCGAGACCAACAACGCCAAGUCGCCGAUUGCGGUGGAGAUUGAGAAGUUCGUGCAGCUGAUUGCGUACCUGGCCAUCGGCAUGGGCGUUCUGUUCUUCAUCCUCAGCCUGGUCAUCGGGAACGGGGUGAUCUACACGGUGGUGUUCGCCAUCGGUGUGAUCGUGGCCAACGUGCCCGAGGGGCUCAUGCCGGCAGUGACGGUGUCGAUGGCGCUGGCCGCCAAGCGGAUGCACGCCAAGAAUGUGCUCGUGAAGAACCUGCAGUCGGUCGAGACGCUCGGGUCGACCACCGUCAUUGCGUCGGAUAAAACCGGCACGCUCACGCAGAACCGCAUGACCGUUCAGCACUGCUGGUACGACAACCAGAUCUUCGACACGCCCGCCCCCAAGAACAAGACCGAGUGGAGCGCCCUCUUCGCCAGCCACAACAAGACUCGCAAGGCCUCGUGCUACGACCCGUCCUCUCCAACAUUCGCAAAACUUCAGAUGGUCGCGUCUCUGUGCAACAACGCGAGCUUCCUGACGUCAACUUCGUCGGGAGUGAUCGACCUGGACCAUGACAUGCUCAAGCCCGACUUCAACCUGCUGGCGCUCGACUGCUCGGGGGAUGCCUCCGAGCAGGGGCUGACCAAGUUCGUGGAGCCCAUCCGCGCGACGCGCGACUACCGGGACAAGAACCCCAAGCUCUUCGAAAUCAAGUUCAACUCCACCAACAAGUGGCAGGUGUCCAUCCACAAGCAGGAGGCCGGCGGCUCCCCGCUGGUGUUGGUGAUGAAGGGCGCCCCCGAGCGCGUCCUCCAGCGCUGCUCCAAGAUCAUGAUGAACGGCGUCGCGCACGACCUAACCGACGAAACGCGCGAGCAGUACCAGACCGCGUACGAGCAGAUGGGCGGGUUUGGCGAGCGCGUUCUGGGCUUCGCUUACCGCGAGAUGGAGGAGGACGAGACUUACCCGUUCAGCAACAAGCCGGAGCCGAAUUUCGAGACCGAUGGCCUGACUUUCGUGGGGCUGAUCUCGCUGAUCGACCCGCCCCGGGAUGGGGUUCCCGAGGCGGUGGCCAAGUGCAAGCGCGCGCGCAUCAAGGUGUUCAUGGUGACCGGGGAUCACCCCAUCACGGCCCGGGCGAUCGCUUUGCAGGUGGGCAUCUUGGACCAGGAGAAACUGGACUCUGGGCGCGCGGCGGUGAUCAGCGGCGACGACAUCCGGGGGUGGCUGGAAAUGACUGACAAGUUGCAGGCGCAGCGCAAGUGGGACGAAGCGCUCGACCACGACCAGCUUGUCUGGGCGCGCGUGUCGCCCGCGCACAAGCUGCUCAUCGUCGAAAACUGCCAGCGACGUGGCGAGAUCGUGGCGGUGACAGGCGACGGUGUGAACGACGCGCCAGCGCUGAAGAAGGGUGACGUCGGCAUCGCCAUGGGCAUCUCUGGGAAGGACGUCAGCAAGGAGGCCGCCGACAUGAUCCUCAUGGACGAUAACUUCGCGUCGAUCGUAAACGGCGUGGAGGAGGGGCGGCUCAUCUUCGACAACCUGAAGAAGACCAUCUGCUACGCGCUCGCGGUCAACAUCCCGGAGCUCAUUCCGUUCCUGCUCUACGUGCUGAUCCAGAUUCCGCUCCCGCUGUCGACGGUGAUCAUGCUGCUCAUCUGCCUCGGAACGGACAUGGUCCCCGCAAUCUCGCUCGCGUACGAGGAGAAGGAGAGUGACAUUAUGGACCGGCCGCCCAGGAACGCCAAGACGGAGAGGCUCGUCGGCUGGAAGCUCAUCUCACACGCGUACCCGCAAAUCGGUAUCUAUCAGUGCUUCGCCGGCUUCCUGGCGUACCUGGUGGUCCUCAACGACUACGGCUACCCGCCACGUGUCCUCUUCCAGCGCGGCCUCAACUGGAGCACCAACGCGCUCAUGUGCACAGUGGAUGCCAACAACGUGCCCAUCGAGUGCGGCUACGGAUGCAACAACCCCGACUAUGCUGCGGGCCUCGCCUCCGCGCUGGACUAUUGCAAGGACGGGUGCACCAUCCCCAUGCAAGCCCACGUCGGCAACUUCAGCGACCCCGUGGACCCCUUCAGCGAGUUCAACUACGGCGGCUACAAGGGCCCGGCGCACUGCAGCCUCACCUGCAACUCCUCGCCGUCGCUCUUCCCUGGGGGGGUCCUGCCCGCGCAGUGCGCCGACCCCCUGCUGGCGGCCAGGAUUGGGUUCCCCAACCGCGGCGACUCCGGCUCCCCGCAGGCCCCGGUGGGCGCGUUCUACUGGUGGGGCGGCCGGCAGCAGCUGUGGCCCAACGUGGAGUACGCGAAGCAGGCGCUCAUGUACGCGCAGACGGCCUACUUCGUGGCGGUGCUGCUGACGCAGUGGACCAACCUGCUCAUCUGCAAGACGCGCAAGCUCAGCAUCUUCGAGCAGGGCAUGAACAACGGCGUGCUCAACUUUGGCCUGGUCUUCGAAACUGUUGUGGCCAUCAUCGUGGCGUACGUGCCGGGCGUCCAGGACGUGUUCGGCACGCGGCCGCUCUGGGUGCUGCACUGGUUCAUCGGGUUGCCCUUCGCGAUUGUAUUCCUCUUCUACGGCGAGAUCCGGAAGUACCUCCUGCGCAAGAACCCCGGGGGAUGGGUCGAUCGCUUUACCUACUGGUAGACGUCCUUCUGGCACUGAGUACCGCAAGGCGGGUUGCAUACAUUCAUGCUUCUUUAGGUCCGCGUAUAGUGGUUCGGUAGGAGCCUUUUAAGCCGACAUUUACCGGUCAGACUCUCGGAGCUUCUGAGCAGUCUCGAGACGAGAGCUGUUCAUGAUCGCAUCAAGUGGAUCAUAAGAGCUAGUGCUGCAGCAGAUCCAUCUUACAAGCAGUGCAAGUGGGGCAAAGUUGAGCACCACAAGCUUGAUGUUGCUGCAUUCAUGAGCACGUGAAUCUUUUCGCAUGACGAUUUUGCCAGUCACGCAGAUUCAAUUUCCGAGUUCGGUGGAUCAUGGUCAGAACAUGCGAGUCAGCAAUGCUUAUUCUAGCCGCGCCGGGGCCUCCAGUAACAGAGGACACAGUAUUUUCCUGAAGUGACAGGGAUCCAUUCACAGGAUGUUGUUUAUAACA